AAUAAUCCUCUGAAUGCCUGACAGUGCCGGUCCUGAGCGCUCGCGGCGCGGGGACCCCCUGCCGCCGGGGCCUGAGGCUGGGCUCCCAGUCAGGCACCUGGCAAAGUUGGAGCGGAUCUUCCCGAACGGGGCACGGGCAGCAGGGCGCUGCCCAGGGGCCGCGGGGGCCAAGCCCGGGGCAGGGCCGGGCGGUGCCAGGGGCCCUAGCGGGGCAGGCGGCGGCGGCGGGGGCGCCCCGCGUCCUGGGCUGGGCAUGGAGGGGCGGAGAGGGCAGAGCCCCGGGUCCUGCAGCGCUCGGCUCGGCCAGACUCAGCCCCCUGCUCCUGCUGCUGCUUGAUCUGAAUGUGCUGAGGCUGGAGCUGCCCCCAGAGCUGCUGUGAUGGCGGCAGCGCGGGCUCCGCACCGGGACUCGCCCUGCCCGCAGCAGCGCCCUCGCUGAAGGCGGCGCGGCCCGCGCCCCGGGGAAGGGGGGCUGCAGCAGCCCGGCGAGCCGCCCACCCGCGCCGCGGGCAUCGCCCCCACUCGCGUCCCUCCAGUCCCCGCAGGGCGGAAAGGCGGCGGCGGCGGCGGCGGCAUUGUGAAGCGCGCAGCGGAUCGCAGGCCCGGGAGCAGCGGGGCUCGCUCCCUCCCGCCCGAGCCCGAUGAGCCAGCCGGACAGCAGCGCCCCGGAGCCGGCGGCGGCGCCGGGAGAGCAGGCUGAUGAGAGCAGCAGUACUGGGAAGAGAAGCUCUUCAAGCAGUUUGUUUAUACCCAGUGCUGGUGACAAGAUGCCCAAGACUGGACAUAUGAGUGGAUUCAGGAGAGUCAAAUAAAGGGACUGCAUUCUGAUGAUUCCUCUGUCUGUGAAACCCCAAACUGCUCAUUUUCUUUUGCUGUCAUAUCACAUUACCAGACUAGAAUGAAUUUGCUGCCCAUUAUCAGCUGUAGAUCUCGCUCAGAUUUUUGUUUUCCAGGUUUCUCCCUUCUGGGAGCACUUGAAGAGGAGCCCGAAGAGCCCAAAAGCAGAGGGCUCUGAUUCUGUGACAUCUCAGUCCUCGCCGAGUGAAGAGCCCGGAACAAUGACGGAGGUGAAGGUGAAAACAGAGAUACCAGAUGACUAUAUUCAAGAGGUGAUCUGGCAGGAUGACACCAAAGAUUCCAAGAAAAACAUAAAGGAUGGGCCAGGAGAUGUGCCAGCAGAAAUCUGUGUGGUGAUUGGAGGGGUCCGCAACCAGCAGACACUUGAUGGAAAAGCAGUGGAACACAGCUCUCCUGUUGGAUAUACACGAAAUCGAUACUCAGGCACCUGGAUUUUUGACCAUGCAUUGAGAUACACAUCCGGGUCUUAUGAGUGUGGAAUAUGUGGGAAGAAAUACAAGUAUUACAACUGUUUCCAGACCCAUGUGCGGGCGCAUAGAGACACUGAAGCUGCCUCAGGUGAAGGAGCCUCACAAGGCAACAAUUUUAGGUACACAUGUGACAUUUGUGGGAAAAAAUAUAAAUACUACAGCUGUUUCCAAGAGCACAGAGACCUGCAUGCGGUGGAUGUUUUUAGUGUGGAAGGGGCCCCAGAAAACCGGGCAGACCCGUAUGACCAGACAGUCAUAGCAGCAGAUGAAGUGAAAGAGGAGGAGCCAGAACCAUUUCAGAAGAUUGGUCCAAAAACUGGCAAUUAUACAUGUGAAUUCUGUGGCAAGCAGUACAAAUAUUACACUCCCUACCAGGAACAUGUGGCGUUGCAUGCACCAAUUAAGUUCUCUCGAUCUCCACUCUUCGUGGCAGUGAAGACACAGGCGAGCCAAUCCGGCAAAAAAACACCGGCCUCCAUAAUCCGAUGUUCCACCCUCCUGCACCGCUCCCCGUCCGGUAUCCCACCGGCAUCCCAAUCCCAGAUGUUCCGCGCUCCAAAUUCUGGAUCCCCAGGAAGCAAGGCCACGACAGCAGAAAGCGCAUUCAGUAGGAGAGUGGAAGGCAAAGUGCAAAACAACUUUGAAGAAACAAACAGCAGCUCCCAAAACUCUAGUGAAACCGCAAGUCCCCUGAUUUCAAAUCCUUUCCCGCUUUUACAAAAACCUUACACCUGUGGAGCUUGUGGAAUCCAGUUUCAGUUUUAUAACAAUCUGCUGGAGCACAUGCAGUCCCAUGCAGCUGACAAUGAGAACAAUAUUGCCUCUAACCAACCCAGAUCACCUCUGACUGUUGUGGAAGAAAAGUGGAAACCACAGCUCCAAAGAAACAAUGCCAAUAAUACAUCUGCAAGUGGUUCAGUAGCAAACAGUGCAAUCCCGGAGAAGGAGCGGCAGAACAUUGCUGAAAGGCUGCUGCGAGUGAUGUGCACCGACCUCGGAGCUUUGAGUGUGGUGAGCGGGAAGGAAUUCAUCAAGCUGGCCCAGACCUUGGUGGAUAGUGGUGCUCGCUACGGUGCUUUCUCUGUCACAGAAAUCCUUGGCAACUUCAACACACUGGCGCUGAAGCAUUUGCCUCGGAUGUACAACCAAGUGAAAGUGAAAGUCACCUGCGCCCUGGGCAGCAAUGCCUGCCUAGGCAUAGGUGUCACUUGCCACUCUCAGAGCGUUGGCCCUGAUUCCUGCUACAUCCUGACAGCUUAUCAGGUUGAAGGCAACCACAUCAAGAGUUAUGUCCUGGGAAUUAAGGGUGUGGACAUCCGAGAUAAUGGUGAUUUUAUCCACCACUGGGUGCAGAACGUGAUGUCUGAGUUUGUGAUGUCGGAAAUCAGGACAGUGUACGUCACAGACUGCAAAGUCAACUCCUCUGCGUUCUCCAAGGCAGGCAUGUGCUUGCGUUGUUCGGCCUGUGCCUUGAACUCAGUCGUGCAGAGCGUGUUGAGUAAGCGAACACUACAGGCUCGCAACAUGCACGAAGUCAUCGAGCUCCUGAAUGUCUGUGAAGAUUUGGCAGGAUCCACGGGCCUCUCAAAGGAGACCUUUGGCUCUCUGGAGGAGACGUCUCCCCCACCCUGCUGGAACUCAGUGACUGACUCCCUCCUGCUUGUCCAUGAGCGUUAUGAGCAGAUAUGCGAGUUCUACAGCAGAGCCAAGAAGAUGAACCUCAUCCAAAACCUGAACAAGCAUCUUCUCAGCAACCUGGCGGCCAUUUUGGCCCCAGUGAAACAAGCAGUGAUUGAACUGAGCAAUGAGAGCCGGCCCACCCUGCAGCUGGUACUGCCCACCUACGUGAAACUGGAGAAACUGUUCACUUCCAAAGCCAAUGACGCUGGCAUAGUCAGCAAGCUUUGCCACCUCUUCCUGGAGGCAUUGAAGGAGAACUUCAAAGUUCACUCUGCACACAAAGUAGCCAUGAUCUUGGACCCUCAGCAGAAGCUGCGGCCAGUCCCACCAUACCAGCAUGAAGAGAUCAUUGGCAAGGUCUGUGAAUUGAUCAAUGAAGUGAAAGAGUCCUGGGCAGAAGAACCAGAAUUUGAACCUUCUACCAAGAAACCACGGGCAGCAGGGGAGGCCCCGCCAGCUCAGGAAGAAGAGCAGUUUGGGAAAAAUGAAGUCUACGAUUAUUUGCAAGAACCCCUCUUCCAGGCCACCCCUGAUCUAUUUCAGUACUGGUCAUGUGUUACCCAAAAGCAUACGAAACUAGCCAAGUUGGCCUUUUGGCUCUUAGCAGUGCCUGCUGUCGGGGCCAGAAGUGAAUGUGUAAAUAUGUGUGAGCAGGCGCUCUUAAUCAAAAGGAGGCGGCUGCUCAGUCCAGAAGACAUGAACAAACUCAUGUUUUUGAAGUCCAACAUGCUUUAAAACUGUCUUUUAAUUAAAAAAAAAAAUUAAAACACUGUUCCAAACAAAGAAAAGAAUUUAAGUUCUAAACACUGUGGACCUCAUUAUGAAAGCCCCUGGAAACCAAGUGCUUAUAUAUAUGUGUGUAUGAUUUUAUAUAUAUGUGUGUGUGUGUGUGUGUGUAUACACACACACACAUAUAUAUAUAUAUAUAAAAUAUAAUAAAAAAAUAAGUUUCAGAGGGAAGCCGAGCACGUGUCAGACACAGCCCUCUGCCAGGAACGUGCUCCUUUCCGUUAGCUAGCAUGUGGACUUGACAGACUUUCUAAUGUUUUCAAAUGGGCACACCAAUGGGAGGCUGACAUUCUAAAAUCUUCAGGCAGCUGCGAUCUAAAGUGACUUGAAGUUUCUUUUAUUUCUCCUCCACCCCACCUCUCCUCUUGUCCCCUGGGCCACCUUGCCAUGGAUAAUCAAACAACAUUGAAUAGACCAGUUCUCCACUGGGCUUUGCACCUAGGAAUAACUGUACACCUUGAGGGCAUUCGUUUGUAGCCUUCUUAACAUAUGUUGCGUGUUAUGAAGGCAGCUGUGUUUUACGAGCACUAGUAUCUCUAGAAAUCAGGAAGGGAGACUUUAAGGAAACACAUUUUUUUGCAUUUUAAUAUAAGAAAAAAAUAUAUACUCUUCUGUCUCCACUCCCAUUUUUGAGUUUAACGUUUUAGUUAGUGAUUUUACCUUUGUGAGUUUGAUUUAGAAGUGAGAGAAAUUAUUAUGGCAAAAAGUGUCUGUUAUGUUUUAUAGAAUUUUUUUACAAGAUCAACUUUUUUCUGAAGUCCCACUGUAAACUAGCUCAUCUCACCUGUGCAUCUUCUAUAGCAGUGGUUCUUAAACUUGUUCAUAGAGUGGAACAAAUCUUCACAGAGGGAUUAUCAUGUCAAUACCUCCUGUCCCAUUGAGGACCAACAACAUCCCUGUGGGAACUGCUGCAAUUACUUAAAUGGUGAAGUAACAUUAGCAAAGUAAUGCAUUUUUAGUGUCUUUCAAUAUACUUUAACAGCUAGCUCAGUAUGACUGGGCAGGUCUCUGUGGACCACCAGCAAGUGAUCCACAGACCACCAGUGGUCCACAGGCUUCAGUUUGAGAACCUCUGCUAUACAACAUUUUUGUAAGCCUUCCCCGUACACGUGUCAAAACAAUCUUCACAUGGUCAAGAACAAACCAAGGUGUAUGAUCUAUCAGGGGAGCAGAGGUCAUCAGUUUUCAAAAUGUAGGGUUUGAAGGAAGCUAAGAUAAGCGUAUGGGCUUCUGAAUGUAUGUGCUCCCACUUGAGUGCAGGGUAACCUUCUCGCGUUAUUCUGAAUGGUUUCCUCUGCUAGGACGAAUGUCUUUUAAAUACCUAUAGUGCAUUACACUACUUGCUACAUUGCUGAAUCAUUCUGGCUGGUAAGGUCCUGUGACCUUAAAACUUCAUGUUCACUGGCUCUUCAGACAUAUAGCCCAUUCCCACCUGCUAUAGGAGAUGGUCAUAAAACCCAAGUGUCAUGAGUCAUUUCUGCCGGCAGACAAGGCGAGCUCUCUAGCGGUACAUCUGUACUGCAAAAAGCCACUCUGUGCAAUAAGUCUCGGAGCUUGGAUCAGCUGACUUGGGCUCGCAGAGCUUGCGCUACAGGGCUAAAAAUAGCGGGGUAGAUGUUCCUCUUUGGGCUGGAGCCCAGACUCUGAGACCACCUCCACUCGCCGAGUCUCCGAGCCCAGGCUCCAGUCCAAGCAGGAACAUCUGCACUACUAUUUUUAGUCCAGAGGUGUGAACCGGAGUCAGUUGACCGGGCUCUGAGACUCACUGCUGCUGGAGCUUUUUUGCAGUGUAGAUGAAUCCUGAAUGUCUGCACACAAAGUUGAGUGGCGUCACACCUGACCUCUUAGAUCUGGUGUUCUUGGACAAACUGAAUUCUCCACCAAAGGGAUUUGGAUCCCAAUGGCAAAAUUAAGCAAAUUCCUUCUUGAUGCAUCCUCUCACACUUCAAGCACUUUGCUCCCUAGUUGGAAUCACUGGUGACAAGAGACCGGUUUUUCAGAUGUAUGUGCCCAGAUGAGUCUCUAGAGCAGUUCAGUUGGUAACACUAUCAACUCUGAACUGAAAGGUUGUGGGUUGAAGUCCCUGAACAGGAUGUGGGUAUGUGUUGCAUGCUGACAAUGUACUACUGGGGACAAAGGAGGCUGCUGCACACUUAGAGGUACCAUCCACUGAACAGACAUUAAGCCAAUAUUCCUUCUGCCCAUCUCUGGUUGUGGUGACAAUUAAAGAUCCCAAGACACUUGUUAGAAAUGGAAGAUAAAGCCCAGAGUCCUGGCCAAUAAAUCUGUCUCCUAGUGGAACAAGUUCUAACGCCCCAUGUGAACACACAUCGGUUGCAGUUUGCUUGCAGUCACUUGCACUCCCAGUAUCUAACACUUCCCCUUCAGACACCUAGAUUAUGAAAGGCACGGAAUGAUGUUCUCUGUGGCCUGUAUUGCUCAGAGCUGGGAGAGUUCUCUCAGUAGUGACCCCUGCUUGUUCCAAGCACAUCGAAGGACAGCCCUGGGUCUGCAGAUAUCUUUCCCAACAGAUCUCUGCCCCUUCCCAGCUAGGAAGCAGCACCUCUUGCAGACUGAAUAGGCUGAAGAUUGUGUUGGCUUCCUGCUCAUGACAUCAGUGCAAAAUCAUCCAUCUUCUAAAUGCAAUUGUGAGUGUUGUUGUGGAGGUCUUUAUUCUAACAGUGUUUCUAGUAAGCACAGCUCCAGUGCCGCAGGAAUAAUACCAUUUAAAGAGAACACUCAAGAGCAGGAGACACCCCAAAAAUGUAUUUUCUCGUGCAAUGGACUUUGCAAACAGAGAGAUUUCUUUGUGGGAUUUCUUUCCCCUUCAGAACAAGGGUUUUGCUGUUUAUUUCCUUCUAUAUGAGUGCUACCUGCUCAGCCAUUUUGAGCAACCCUACAAUAAUAAAUCUGUUUAAGUUUGAUAAACAGAAUUGAAAUUUCAAGCUACUAAGGAGAAAAAGAAGAGGGAGAGAAACCCUGCCUGUGAAAACUGAGACACCCUUGUGACAUACUUUAGUGACCACUGGGAGAAAAUAGGGCUGCUUACACGAUAAACCUUCACCGAGUUCAGAACCCAAAGCAGGAGCGGCUUGCCAGGGGUUUGCAAACAGUGUGCAUGAUGCACCUGACAGGAUUUUAGUUCAUUCUCCUGGAGUCAGUACAUUACAUCUUAGUAAGUCCUUUCAAAGGAGCUGAAGGGAGUUAGACCCCACAACUCCCAUUGAAAUUCAAUUCCAGUUCAGUGGGAGAUGAGCCAUCCAAUUCCCCUACCUUUCCUUCGAAAUCCCAACCUUCAUCAAGACCAUGUUUGCUAUUGGACAGGGUUAGUAGUUUUGUGGGACAGGUGAGAGGAGUUGUCCUAGCCUGGGGACAGUGUGAUUGUUCUGCUUUCUUGUAUAUCUGGAAUGUAUAUCAAAGUCCUGCCAUAGCGAAUGAGACAGAAUUGAAACCACUUGGGCAUCUACUUAAUAUGCAGACUGGUGUUAACAUCGGAUUUGAGAAUCAGUCUUGGAGCUUUCUUGGCGGAAGGAUCAGAGAGAGAAGCCCUAUCCAAAUUGGGAAUGCCUCCAACACAGUUACAGCCCUACUGCUGUGGAUGUCAAACCUCUGACUGCAGUGGAGGCUGAUAGGUGAGAACCUCACCAGUAUUUAUAAACUCAGCCUGGUAUCUGGAAAAACCUAGCAGUCUAGAAAAUCUAUGAGCUUACAUGAAAUUAGCAACUACCUGUUCCCUACCAAGAGAAUGGAAGAGUCCACAGCUUCUAAUAAGGAGGAUAAACAUGUUACAGGCGCCAGGCACUUCACUUGCGAGCACCCAUUAGUGCUUUGUGCUGCCCACAGGAUGAUACUAGCCUAUGAUGAGCUGCCCCUCGACUGUCCCUAUCCACUUCUUAUUUACUUUUGUCAGUUAUAAGGAGAGAAUGGUGUCCGCAGCACACAGAUUUCCUUUAUUUGCAAAGGGUUUUCUGAUGAUUCUCCUCCUUCCCGGCCCCAGUUGCUCAGGUAGUAGCUCAUUCCAGGCAGUGCAGUUAAUUUGCAAAGGUUUUGAAUUUAGGAAAUCUUUACCAUUGAUUUACCAAGUUCUCUAUUUAUUUAUUGCUGAUUGUUAAGUUUGGCUCAGUUGUCACGCUGGACAUAGAAUCACUCUCUCAGCAGACACGGCCUGUCCCACAAUGGGAAGUGGUAGAGUAGGGAAGGGUGUGGCCUCAUGGUAAUGCUGUAUGCGCAAUGUGGUUCCAUUCCCUUUGAACUGGAAGCUCUUUCAUCCAUGGAUGGAGCAGUCUGUGUUGGGAAUUUGCCCCUGCCCUCCCCACCCCCCCAAUGAGGAGCACAUCAAACUUCAUACAGAGCUUAUGUGUUUGCUUGGUGCGGAAAAAAGUUAUGCCUCCGCCUAUGCUGUGUCCCCUUGCUUAAGGAAGCAAGCCAGGUUAUCGGUUUGGGAGAAACUUUUGUGCCACAUUAUUGUGACAUUGGCAAACCAUUAAAACAUUUUGGGGAAUACUUCUGUGUCCUGCAACCUUAGCUUUUUGAACAGUCCCACAAAGAUCUGCUUUGGUGGCCAGUAAGCUGAGUGGAACAUCCGGUUGCUGUAGAAGCCGUUUCGCUCUGCAUUGUCAGUUACAGGCCCACUGAUGUAUGCUUAGGAAACUGCAAAACACUUUGCUUCCUUCAUUCCUUAUUGUUAAACACUUCUGUGCAUGAAACCGGAAUCUCUGUUCUGUGUGAACUAAUCUGCUGCUGCUUAUUCUGCACCUGACAUCAUAUUCCUCUGUGCUGUGGAAACCAUUAUGAUGUCAGAGAAUUGUCACAGAAGGAAACAAGCACCAAGAGUAGAUGAACUCUGAAGAAACAAAGUUCCUCUUGUCUUGUCCAAAUAUCCUUCUUAACAAAGGCAGAGAACUGAAAAAAUAGGAAAUAAAGGCAGAAUUUUUCUACGCUGAAAGUUCUGUUUUCGUGAGUGCGCAGCAGUUGAGAUGCCCGUGGGACAGCACUAAACCUGUAACCCUCUCCUCUAUCUCAGUUUCUCCUCUCGUUUUUUCCAACAAUAGAACAUUGUCCAACAAUAUUCCACUCCACUGAGGUUAUCUCUUGAAUGGUUAGGAGCAAGCUGACUGGCUGAUGUGAUGAGUCUAGUGUCUUGUUGUUCUGUUGGGUUUCAGCUGAAGUGACGGAUGUUAGUAAAGACUUGUCCAUAUGAGAAAAUUUGCAACAGUUUAACUAAAUAGAAUUUAAAUCAAUUGAGUUAAAACAGCAUUUUAGUUAAACAAAGAGAAGAUUAAGGGGUGACUUACCUACCUGGGAAACAAAUAUUUAAUAAUGGGUUCAUCAAUCUAGAAGAGAAACAUCUAAAAUCAAGAUUGGGUGCUUUUCUAAAAGAUCUGCUCUAGGAAUUAUUUUGGGGAACGGUUAUACAGGAGGUCAGACUAGAUGAUCACAAUGGUCCCUUCUGGCCUUGGAAUCUAUGACAAAUUGGUGAAAAUCCCUAAUGUAGACAUUUCAACCAAUUUAAGCAAGUGUUAAAUUGGUUUAGCUUGAGUCUGUAAAUUACAGAAUUAAGCUAAACCAAUUUAAGUAUGAGUUAAACUGGUUUAAGCAUCUAUACUAGAGGUUUCUGCCAGUUUCACUAAAUAUAUGCAGUUUUUCUUUUAUAGACAAGGUGUAACAUUUUAAAAAGUACCUAAAGGCCAGAUUGUUAAGGGUAUUUAGGCACCUAAUCAGUUUUGAAAAUGGGAUUUAGGCACUUAGGGAUAUAAGUCUCUCGGAAGGUCAAUUGGAAUUAAAUCCCUGAAUCCCUUUUGAAAAUGGGACUUUGGUGCUUCUGAAAAUGUUGCCCAAGGCCUGAAUUGCCAUGUCAGAGAGUCCUUCAUGAGUCUUAAUGUUCCAUAUGGUGCCUCACAAUUUUGUGGUUCCCACACCCUUAGAGUGGCUCUACGCAUGUUGUGCUUUCACACACUGUAGCAGUGGGGAGGGUUUUCUGUAAGAAGAAGUAUUUUUGUUGAAGGAGGAGUUCGUACCGCCUUAGCCAAUCUGAAGCAUACUUUAGAGUAGCCUGAAUCUAACAAUGGCUGAACUGUCAUUGCAACAUGACACAGAGGCGGGAGAUGAUAAUAAAGACACACUAUACUGUACCUAAAAUACUGUGUUCACUUCUGGACACCACAAAGUUACCAACAAAUUGGAAGCAAUGGGGCUGGGUGGACUGACCUAUAACGAAGAAAAAGCUAAAUCUAGUUUGGCUAAGUGAGACCAAGGGAGGUCUGUGAGUAUUUGAGAGGUACGAACUCCAAGUGGGAGAGGGGCGGAGUUGUUUAGUGUGUUCCAUGUGGAAUAACUAGGAGUAAUGGGAUGAAAUUAAACAAAGGAAAUGUAAACUGGAUCUCAGGAAGCCUGUCUCAUUGCGGAGGGAUCUAUAAAAUCUAGGAGUAGUCUCUCAAGGGAAUGGUUUUGGAGCCCCAUCAUUUAAAACAAGACCAGGCAGAGCAAUGGAGGACAGACUGCAUGGCACAGUAUUGCCCUGGCCCCUGUGCACAGACAAAGUGACUAAACCGAUUUUUUCCUUCUCUAAAGUGUAUAUAUACACCGGCUUUAGAAUGCAGGCUGCUGAUUGGCUUGCGGGAUGACACCAAUUCUGAGAGUACCAGGGUACAAAUAAUAAAUGGAUGCAUCUCAUUUACUCUCAAGGUAACAGUGCAAGCGAGAUUGAGAGUUAAAUCAAACGUUUUACACCUCCCACUGUGCAUCAGCUGUGUCACACAGCGGUUCUGAGUCCUUGGUAUCAGCUGGGAGUCCCUAGAAGCAUCAGACCCAAUGAGACACUGCAGGUAAAAUUUUCAAUGGGACUUGGGCUCCUAAAUCACGUAGGUGAUUUUGAAAAUGUUGCCCAGUAGCAAUAAGUACUCCCUUGUACAGCACCUAGGACAUGUCUGUGUAUCAUAAGUCUUUUUAGACUUACGGAAUUUUAGACUUACGGAAACUUCAUUAAGCCAAUCAUUGUAAAUGAGCAGAUGUAAAAACAAGCACAGAUCCUAGUUGGAAUGGCCCUUUGAUACCAUGGGAAUAGUUUGCUUACGCUAGGCCAGAUAUGGUAAACCAAUGAGAGUGUAUUGCCCUCUAAUUUAAUUUUCUAUAAUGAAAGUUUGGGGGAGUCCUGUUUAAUUUUGUUGGUCAGUUGGAUUUUUUGGGGGGGAGUUGUGGGUUUUUUUUGUUUUUUUACUACGCCUAUUAGAGUCCUUUGCUUUAUAACUUGACAGAAGAGUUUUGCUCACAUUAGAGGACAGUGUAUCCAGUAGACUUUUUAGGGUUUAGUAAUCUGUAAGCAGCUGAGUUUGAAAUUUUUAGUGUAGCUUCUGCAGUCAGUCACAUGAAUGGCUAGUUGGUGCCCAACAUCGACCACUGACUGAAAGGAUUGUUUCUUUCUGUAUUUUAGUGUCACUGACAGCAGCCGGCAUUUGUCUUGGUACCCAGAUGAGCAGCAUAGCCUUAACAAUAGGGAGGUUUUGCAAUGAAAUUGAUGGAUAGAGGCACGUAAAGCCCUUGCUAUGUACAGCCAAAGUUCCUUAAAAAGACCCUUCCAGCCUCAUAAGCCUUGAAUAGUCUUCUGGGGAUCCUUGGGGUGGUCUCUGAAAUGUGUGUGGCUAGGGUAUAUAUUUUUUAUUUUUGAUGAUGUUAUCCAUGGAGAAGGUCCCGUCAGCUUGUGAACGGAGGCAUGUACUCUGAAAAGAGCAACAAAAUCUUAGGGCAGCUGUGGAUGUUGCCAGAGUCCCUUGACAUUCAUUGGAAGUUUUAUUUAAUUUUUUAAAAGGAAAACUGAUCAUGGAUGACAGGUGAAUACCCAAGGUCACAAAUGCAGGAGGAAUACACAUCAUCCAGACUCUGAGGAUUCCAGUCUAUCCUGUAGCUAGAACGUCUCCGACCAACAAAAACACCAGGAAAUCCUCAUAUGCAGCCAGUCUGAAAAGUUCUUCAUUUUGUAUGUUACGUUCUCAAAACCUCCUGUUGGGAGCUGAAUUCUUCUUGUUUCAUCAGGAAAAUGAUUAACAAAGUUCUCCUUUUCCUCCCCAUCUCCCCUCACCCAGUAACUUGUGUGCAUUUACCUUCUUUUCUGUAGAUGCAGAUGUUCUAGGCAAUACCAUAGAUGCACCAGCAUGUCUCUCUCUACAUGCGAGUGCAAGAAUCUCAUGCCAUCUUUAAAAAAGAAAUAUACAAAAAAUAUCUUUUUUAGGCCAGAGUUUUCUACAGGUAUUAAUGAAUAUUUUUCUUAAUCCUUAUAAGUUUUAUGUGUUUAAUAUUUCUUAAUACCAGUAGCAUUAAUUUAUACUUUUGUAGCAACACAAUAUUUUUAUAAACCGCCACCGCUGGCUUUAUCUUCAUAAUGGGGAAAUGUGCGGGCAGUUGGCCCCGCACUGUACCAUGUACUGUAUUUAAAAGGUUAUCUAAUGUCACACUUGCUGUGUUAAUAAACAAAACAAAACCUG